ACUUGGGCUCCUCUGAUGGAGGCCCUGAAGCUGGGGCUAACGCCAGGACAUCCGAGUGUCAGGUUGGUGACCAUGUUGCUCUUGGGGAUAGUUCUUCUCCCAAGCAUCCACGGUCACCUGGGCCCAGGACAUUACUCUUCCUAUGAAAUAGUGAUCCCCAAGAGUCUGACAGUCAAGGGAACUGAAGACCCAGCGGAAAAGACAUCUUACACGCUACUUAUGCAAGGCCGGAAGCAGCGGGUUCACCUGAAGGUGAGGAGAGACUAUUUUGUGCAUGACUUUCCAGUCUACAGUUACCACAACGGCAUCCUGGGACAAGAAAUUCCUUCCAUCUCACAUGACUGUCACUAUGAAGGCUACAUAGAAGGAGUGCCGGGUUCUUUUGUUUCUGUCAACACCUGUUCAGGUCUCAGGGGCAUCCUGAUUAAGGAGCAAACAUCCUACGUCAUCGAGCCCAUACUCUCUUCCAAACGGUUUGAACAUGCGUUAUACAGCGUGGCACAGCAAGCUCCAGUCUCCUGCAGCAUCUCUCCCAGAGACAGCCAAGCGGUAUCCACCAGCCAGCAGCAAGAGAGCAGGAAGCCUCACGAUCUACAGGCACUGUCCUACUUGUGGUCACGCACCAAGUACGUGGAGAUGUUUGUUGUGGUCAACAACCAGCGGUUCCAGAUGUGGGGCAGCGACGUCAACGAGACAGUGCAGAGAGUAGUGGACGUCGUUGCUCUGGCCAACGUCUUUACUCGAGGAAUAAACACAGAGGUGGUGCUGGCUGGGAUGGAGAUUUGGACCGAGGGGGACCUGACAGAGGUCCCAGGGGACCUGCAAGUUACACUCAGGAAUUUCAAUAGCUGGAGACAAGGGGAGCUCCUCCCUCGUGUGAGGCACGAUGUUGCCCACAUGAUCGUUGGGCAUCAUCCUGGAGGGACCUGGGGCCAGGCAUUUCUCAGUGGAGCCUGUACAAGUGGUUUUGCGGCGGCUGUCGAAGCUUUCCAUCAUGAAGAUGCCCUCCUGUUUGCAGCGCUCAUGGUCCACCAGCUGGGGCACAACCUGGGUAUUCAGCACGACCACUCCGCCUGCGUUUGUAAAGGUAGGCACUUUUGCCUCAUGCAUGAAACUGUCACUAAAGAAAGUGGCUUCAGCAACUGCAGCUCUGACUACUUGUACCGCUUCCUUCAUGAACACAAAGGGGCCUGCCUAUUUAACAAGCCACGGUGCAAAAGCCGCGGGCGCAGGGACGCCAAUUGUGGAAAUGGUGAGGUGGAGGCUCCGGAGGAGUGUGACUGUGGUUCUGCUUGUGACGGUGACCCAUGCUGUGAACCAACGUGUAAAUUGAAGGAGAAUGCACAGUGUAGUCGUGGACUCUGUUGUUCCAAAUGUAAAAUGCUAAUGAGGGGUCAUGUGUGCCGUCAAUCUAUAGGACCAUGUGAUCUCCCAGAGUACUGUGAUGGCGUUUCUGCAAAAUGCCCUGCAGACAGUUAUAUGCAAGAUGGCACUCCGUGCCACGAACAAUUCUUCUGUUUGAAAGCUCAGUGCACAGACCCUAGUAUUCAAUGCAAAAAUUUUUUUGGGUUUGGUUCAAUAUCUGCCCCAGAAGAAUGUUACACUUCAUUUAACAGCAAAGGGGACCUAUUUGGAAGCUGUGGUCAUUCUGGUAAUCCGGUCACGUAUGUUAGUUGUUCAGCAGACAACAUAAAGUGUGGAAAUCUUGUAUGUACAGGAGUUAGUUUACUGCCUCUAAUCAAGCCUCUAUCUGCAUUGAUCCAGCGUCCUCAUGAAAACAACUGGUGCUGGAGCACGGGUACCUUUCAGCCUGAUAGCUCCAGUGCACAAAAUGUAUUGUAUGGCACACCUUGUGCUAAUAACAAAGCCUGUGUGCAAGCUGAAUGUACUGAUUUCACCCUUGACACAGUCAACUGCAGUGAUUCAGAAAUGUGUAAUGAGAAUGGAGUUUGCAACAAUUUAGGGAACUGCCAUUGUCAAGAUGGUUUUGCUCCCCCUGACUGCAAAACAGAAGGAAGUGGGGGUAGUUUAGACAGUGGCCCCCCUGAUAAACCAUCUUUUGUAAAUCCACCAACUAAAGCAAUUGAAGAAGAAUCGGCUUCAAAGUUACCAUUAAUUGCCCUUAUACUUUUGGGACUACUACUACUAGUUUUAAUUAUUUGUGUCUGCUGUUGUAAGCGUCGUGCUGCAGCAGCAGCUCCUCUAGAAAAGACUGCAGAAGAGGCUGAAGUGGAGGAGGAAGAAGAAGAGGAAGAAGAGGAGGAGGAAGAGGAAGAGGAGGAAGAG